AUGAUGAAGCUUAUUCUGCUUGUGCUUUGCUUCUACAUACUAGAUGUGACAGCUGCACCUCAGACAGAUGUACUUGGUGCUCAGGAGAUCCCGCUUGAGGCACGGGAAUUGAGCGGUGAAACGCUGGUGGAGUACCUCAAAAAGAAUCAGGAACUUUUUGAGGUUGAUCCAAAUCCAGCACCUGGUUUUGAAUACAAAAUAAUGGAUAUGAAGUUUAUGGAACAAGAGCUGAAUCCUGUUGUCAAAGAUGAUAACGAUGAAGAAGAAGACAUCCCACCUAAGUACGUAUACCACUGCAUUUUCUAUGGCUUUUAG